GCGUGGCUGCGGUGUGGCGCAGGGGGCGGGCCCGCGGCUCGGCGCCGGAGGAGGAAGUGGUGCGGCUGUUGCUCCCCCUGUGCCCACCACUGGCUCCCCGGGCGCAGAGAGGAACCACACCACAGUUGCGUCCCGCUCCUCUGCUGCUCCCCUCCAUGUGCCCGGUUGCUACCGCACCCCUUCCUCAGGCCACCGCUUACGCCGGGGUCUAUGGAAGUAAUGGAAGGACCCCUCAACCUGGCUCAUCAACAGAGCAGACGAGCAGACCGUUUGUUAGCGGCAGGGAAAUACGAAGAGGCUAUUUCUUGUCACAAAAAGGCUGCUGCAUAUCUUUCCGAAGCCCUGAAGCUGACACAGUCUGAGCAGGCUCAUUUAUCACUGGAAUUGCAAAGGGAUAGCCACAUGAAGCAGCUCCUGCUCAUCCAGGAGAGGUGGAAGAGAGCGAAGCGCGAGGAAAGGCUGAAAGCCCAGCAGAGCACAGACAGGGAUGCAGCUCCCCACCCUCAGGCAUCUCACAGACCCUCUGCCGAGGACGCGGGGGGCCAGAGUCCUCUUCUUUCUCAGAAGUACGGCCCUUCCACAGAGAAGCACCUGCCUGAAAUUCAGGGGGUCUUUGACAGGGAUCCAGACACACUACUGUUUUUACUUCAGCAGAAGAGUGAGCCAACAGAGCCAUGCAUUGGGAGCAAAGCCCCAAAAGAUGAUAAAACAAUCAUAGAGGAGCAGGCAACCAAAAUUGCCGAUUUGCAGAGGCACGUGGAAUUCCUCGUGGCUGAGAAUGAGCGAUUAAGGAAAGAAAAUGAACGACUAAAAGCUGAUAAGGCCAGACUUCUAAAAGGUCCACUAGAAAAGGAGCUGGAAGUAGAUGCUGACUUUGUAGAAAAAUCAGAGCUCUGGAGCUUGCCUCCACACUCAGAAACCGCUACAGCCUCUUCAACUUGGCAGAAGUUUGCAACAAAUACUGGGAAAGCCAAGGACAUUCCAAUUCCCAAUCUCCCUCCCUUGGAUUUUCCAUCUCCAGAACUUCCCCUUAUGGAGCUCUCUGAGGAUAUUCUGAAAGGACUUAUGAAUAACUAAAGUGGGUGACCAUAGAAGAGGUGAGAAGGGGAAUUGAUACAGUUAAUCCUGAAAAAGAACAAAAGGGAAAACCACAUGCCCGGGUGAGCCUGGAGAUGCAUCACCAUCUGGCAUACUGUAGAAGCAGCGCUGUCAGGACUUGGAAAACAGUCACUGUGAAAUAUGUUACAUAUCUGAUUUACUGACUUGAGGUAAUGAUUCCGGACUUGGCAGACACUAGUCUUGGAGGUUCACUUUCUCCUGAUAUAAACCAAAUGGCUACCUGGAAUUAAUAUUUUCAAGCAGCAGUUACUUUUCUUAUCUUCAGGGUUAAAAUGUAUAAAAGUACGUUAUGUGUAAUUAAUCUAUAAUGCCAUAAAUGAUAAUGCAGACCUAAAUAAUAUGAUAGCCUGAGGGGCUGCCUUGUGUUUGAAACAUGCUUUCUAUCGUGCAUUGACUGUAUGCAUUUUGUUGUGCACAUUUUGUUUGUUUAAAUAACGUGUGUAAGAUACUUUUCUAGAUGAAACUAUAUGUGCCACACUUUGCACUACUCAUAACAUGAUGAUAACCUCAAGACUAUCAGGAGACAUACGUAAAUUUCCAUUUUAUGAAGAAAGGAACCAAAUUAUUAGUUUUGCUUUUUAAAGAAAUUACCAGUUUACAUAAUUAAUCAGGGUGCAUUUUAAGUUCUAACUUUUGUUUAUCGUAUAAUGCAUCAUUUGAAAUUUCCUUUUGUUUUUAAUGAUGCAUGAGUGGAAGUAAUGCUAGUUGGCAGUAUUUGGUUAUAAGAAAUCAAUAAAGUAAUUGUGUUUUAUACCCUU